AUGAUCCCUCCUCUACUCUACCCUGCACUCGUACUUGGUGCAGUUACUACGUACCUUUUCUGCAGGUUUGUAGAGCACCUCGUUUCCACUAAUCUUGCUCUCCAACAUGUUCCUGGACCACGUCCUUCGUCUUUCAUAUGGGGAGAGGAAUGGCUCCUCUAUCACAGCACUCCAGGUUCCUAUUAUGUCCGUUGGCACCAACAAUACGGAAAAGUACUCAGGUUCACCGGUGCAUUUGGGCAUCAAGUCUUGUCCAUUACCGAUCCCAGAGCUAUUAAAUAUAUUCUCAGUGAAGCUAUUUUCGAAUUUCCCAAACCAAAAGGCGUACGAGCUUGGUUUAAGGCAACCUUAGGCGAAGGAAUUCUAUGGGUCGAAGGCAAAGAGGCACACGAAAGACAACGAAGAGUUCUGGCCCCCGCGCUAAGUCAAAGGUCCGUGCGAAACCUGGUCCCGAUCUUUUAUGAUACAUCAGCCAAAUUGGCUGCCCAAUGGAUGAAAGUCAUCGACAACAGUCGUUCGGAUGAAGUUGAGAUCGAGGUCACCAAGUGGGCAGGCCGCUUCGCACUAGAUACUGUUGGUUGUGCCGCGUUUUCGUACGAUUUUGACUGUCUUUCCGGGGGACCACAUGCUCUUGCAGAAUCGAUGGAUGGACUUACCAACAACGAAAACAAAACUUCCUCUUUUUAUAUGCGAGCCCUCUUUUGGAUUUUCCCUGCUAUCUUGUCGAUUGGUGACAAAGGUGAGAUGAUCAGAAAAUCCAAGUUGGAGCUGGGGAACAUCGCAUCGAAAAUGUGGAGAGACGCUAAGGUGGCUGGCGAUCUCAACGGCAAAAAUCUCAUGUCCAUCAUAUUGCGCAACGAAGCCAAAUUCCCAACGCAUAAGAUGAAUGAGGAAGAAUUAGUGGCGCAGAUGAGAACCACGAUCUCAGCUGCCUUUGAACCUGUUUCUGCAAUUAUCGCUUGGACACUCUACGAACUUUCUCUCAAUGUCCGUCUUCAAAACGAACUUCGCGAGGAAGUUACAGCCGCAGGGCUCGGAGAUCCCUCUUACGAUGACCUUACUUCCAACCUCCCUCUACUUGAUGCGGUCCUGCGCGAGGUUCUAAGACUACAUCCUCCGAUUUUAGAGAACCAUCACGAGGCGGCAGAGACUAUCAGUGUACCUCUUUCAGAGCCCAUCGCAGGAACCUCCGACACAUACCUGGUAAUUCCGAAAGGAACCAUACUUGAGAUACCAGUCAAUGUCGUGCAGACUGAUCCCGAUGUCUGGGGUUCCGACGCUGAAAUAUUCCGCCCUGAGCGCUGGUUCGAACGCAAGAAACAGGGUCUCCGCCAUGAACGCGAAAUUCUCGCAUUCAGCGAAGGUCCCCGCUCAUGCAUUGGAAAAAAUUUUGCCUUAUGUGAGAUUAAGUCACUUAUUAUCACGUUGCUCCGUCAAUUCUCCUUCACAUGCCCCUAUGAGAUUGAAGCAUUCCAGAGCUUCGUUAUUCGACCGCGCAUUAAAGGUCAAGGUCCUAGUUCUCUCCCGUUGAUUGUUCGAAAGGUUUAG